AUGUGGCUCUACGUGGUGGGUUUCUUGGGCCUAUACUACCUUCUGCGUGGGUAUUGGGAGAGGCAAGUGGUGAGCCACCUUCAAGAGAAGUACGUCUUCAUCACGGGCUGUGGCUCCGGCUUUGGGAACCUGUUGGCCAGGCAGCUGGAUGUUCGAGGCUUCAAGGUGCUGGCUGCAUGUAGGUCGGAACAAAGCGCCACGCAGCUGAGGAGCCAGACAUCCGAGAGGCUGGAAACAGUGAUCAUGGAUGUCACUCAGACGAACAGCAUUGUUGCAGCCACCCAGUGGGUGAAGGAGCGCGUGGGGGACAAAGGUCUCUGGGGUCUGGUGAAUAACGCUGGCACAGCUGUGCCCACAGCACCCAAUGAGUGGCUGACCAAACAGGACUUUGUGACGAUUCUGGAUGUGAACCUGCUGGGGAUGAUCGAAGUGACGCUGAACUUGCUGUCUCUAGUGAGGAAGGCGAGGGGCCGUGUGGUCAACUUCUCCAGUAUUGCUGGCCGGGUGUCCCUAUGUGGUGGAGGCUACUCCAUCUCCAAAUACGGUGUGGAGGCCUUCUCAGACUCCCUCAGGAGAGAACUCUACUCCUUUGGGGUGAAGGUGACUGUAAUUGAGCCAGGGUUUUUCAAGACUGGCAUGACCUGCAGUAAAAAGGUUUCAAAAAGCAUCCUGGAGGUGUGGGACCAGGCCUGCCCUGAGGUCAAGGAGGCCUAUGGCGAGGAGUUCCUGGCUUCACAGUGGAGAUAG